AUGCACGUCGAGAGUAUGGUCAACUGCAAGAUGAGCGGCCAGCACAACGAUUCGGUCGAGGUGGAAAGUCUGCUGAUGGGCCCGUGCUGGAACCAGUCGACGAGCGUCACCGAUCAGUACCUGCUCGACGGCCACAAGCUGCUGCUCGAGGCCGACCUGGACUCGCUGCCGAGCGAUGGCGAGACGCAGAAGAGCUCGAUGGACGUGCUGGAGAACCUGCUGCUCAACUCGACCGGCGGCCCCGGUGGCCCAACCAUCACCAGCAACUCGAACGGCCACGGAAACGGUGGCAAUGGCGGUGGCGGUGGCGCCGGCGGUGGAGGACUCGGCGGAGACCUGAAGCCGCUGCCCUCGUUCACCUCGUUCAACACUGGCCACCUGUCGAUCAAUGGGAUCUCCGGCUACCAUUACACGGCGAUCGCGCAGCGGUUGCCGGAGGAGAACAACAACUACGCGCAGAAUUCGUACUCGCAAGGAAACGCCAAUGCUGGCGCCGCCUCUGGCGGCUCCACCGGCACCGGCACCGCCGGUUCGGCGACGUCCGCCGGCAGCGACAACAACAUCGUGUCCUCGACCUCCACCUGUCUGCCGGACUCGGUCCUUAACCCGGCCGAGGUCGACGGGGGAGCGAGCGUCAGCCACUGUCACAGCCUGCAGAACGUGAAGCUGUUCGCCGACGGUUCCAUCGAUGACGGGGGUGGAGGCGGCGGGGGUGGCGGAGGGGGCGGUGGUAAAAUCUUUAGUGCGCCCGCCGACAGCUGUGCGAUGACCGGGCCGGACUCGGUUUCGGGGGCGCGGAUAUUCGUCGACACGAAAGAGCUUUCGGAGUACGACAUGAGCUCGAUCGAGGACAUCGCGGCCAUCAUCGGAUCGGCGAUCGCGGACACGACCGUGCCGAGCUCGAAGGUGGAAAAGGAGGAUGGUAACGAUACGCGCGACUCCUGGAUGGACUUGGACGCGUGGAUCGAGGGCACCUGUACCGGGGUGCCGGACGCGAAGCUGAUCGUGUCGCAGCAGGACUCGCUCAGCGAGCUCAUCCUGCCACACUCGCCGGUCUGCUCGCACGGCACCGCUCCGAAUGGUACCUCGUCCACCACAACUACCACUACCACCUCCACGCUGCAGAGCCUGCUGACGCACGGCUAUAUGCCGCUGCUCCAGAAUCGCCUCCAGAACGGGCCGCCGGUGAAGCUGGAGGCGCCCAGCUCGACCUCCGCGUACUGCGGCGACCUCAUCUCGACCUCCACUAGUCCCCCCGGGUCGGUCGUCUCGACCUCGACCGACCACAGCCUCAUCCUUAACGGACGGUACCUGCAGCAAACCACCCACCAGCCACCGCCGCCCCACCAACACCACCACCACCAGCACCACCAACAGCACCAGCAGCACCACGGUGGCGGAGGGCUCCACCACGGGCACCACCACCAAAACCCGCACAAUCACCACAACCACCACCACCAUAACCACCACAACAACCAUCAUCAACACGCCGGUGGAUUUGGGGGCCUAGGGACGGCGAUCGGGCAGAAACCGGACGGUCUCUGCAGUCCGGAGCUCCCGGGCGGUCCUUUGGGCAAUUUCCCGCACACCACCACCAACAACAGCAACAGCAAUAGCAACACCUCCUCGUCCUCGUCGACAUCGUCCAGCUCGUCGAGCGCGAGCAACUCGCCGACGACACCAAAAAGUAAGCGGCGCGGCCACGGCACCAAACAGCAGCAGCAGCAGCAGCAACAGCAGCAGAAGCUCCAGCACGGGUUAGUCGGUCAGCAGGCCGGUCCCACGUUACACGCCCAGCACCAGCAGCAACAGCAACAACACCAUCAGCAGCAACUGAGCGCCCAGUCGCAGCAGGCGGCGGCCCUCAGCUUCCAGGCGGCCAACGAUCUCAGCGGGCUCCUCGGCAAGGAGAAGCCGGUGCACCGGUGCAACAUCUGCAACCGGGGCUUCCUCAACAAGAGCAACAUCAAGGUGCACCUGCGGACGCACACGGGCGAGAAGCCGUUCCGGUGCGAGGUGUGCGCCAAGGCGUUCCGCCAGAAAGCGCACCUCAUCAAGCACCAGCAGAUCCACAAGCGGAUCGGCCGGGACUGA